UCUUCACAGGGACGCUCGGUACACUUCAGUGUGCCUGUGCCUCGGCCCCGGCCAAAACGAUCGUGGGGAAGGACAUCAAGAGCUCAUGUCAACAAAGCCGACAUGAGUGUUGACCACUUCACCACUCCCGUAGACGACAAAUUAUAGAGAAUGAUAGAAUAGAGCGUCCUUUUGUACAGAUCACCAACCUUCUCUUCACCCACAUCAUACAUCAAACACAAUGCCAUUCAAUACAAAGCUGACGAAGGCGCUGGGCAUCAAAGUUCCCAUCGUUCAGGGAGGCAUGCAAUGGGUUGGAUAUGCUGAGCUCGCAUCGGCCGUCAGCAAUGCGGGCGGGUUGGGCAUCCUCACUGCUCUCACGCAGCCAACACCGGAAGACCUUCGAAAGGAAAUCCGAAAAUGCAAGACAAUGACCAAUAAACCGUUUGGCGUCAACAUCACACUUCUUCCGUCCAUGAAUGCACCUGACUAUGGAGCAUACGCACAAGUGGCUAUUGAUGAGGGCAUUCGAAUUGUCGAGACAGCCGGGAACAGCCCUGGACCAGUUAUCAAAAAGCUAAAGGCUGUUGGCACAAUCAUCCUCCACAAGUGUACCACCAUCCGUCAUGCCCAGAGUGCCAUCAAACUUGGUGUUGAUUUCCUAAGCAUCGACGGCUUCGAGUGUGCUGGACAUGUUGGCGAGACAGACAUUACGAAUUUCAUUCUUCUCAGUCGAGCUCGGCAAUCUCUCGAUGUGCCCUUCAUUGCGUCCGGAGGCUUUGCAGAUGGACAAGGACUUGCGGCUGCUCUGAGCUUGGGAGCUGAGGGUAUCAAUAUGGGCACCAGAUUUAUGUGUACUGUCGAAGCACCCAUCCACAAGAACAUCAAGGAGGAGAUCGUCAGAGCCCAAGAAACCGAUACAGAGCUCGUACUCCGACGAUGGAAGAAUACCAGCCGGUUAUAUAAGAAUAAAGUAACAGAUGCGGCGGUGAAAAUCGAGAAGGAGAGUAAGACGGGCAAAUUCGAGGAGGUCGCGCCAUACGUAAGCGGCAAAAGGGGUCGAGAGGUCUUCAUCAAUGGAGAUCCUGAUUAUGGAGUUUGGACCGCAGGCCAAGUAAUUGGCCUCAUUCAUGAUAUCCCUACAUGUGAUGAGUUGGUCAAGAGGAUUGAGCGGGAGGCAGAGGAGACUUUGAACAAAGCAUCUGCGCUCAUUGCGCCUGCCAGCAAGCUCUGAUUGUACAUUUAGAAAUACAAUGACUCGUUUUGACGUUCUCUGACGGGGUACCAUUGCUUUUUAGAUGGUGGGUGAACCGAAUGUCUAUUAUAGCACAGCCAAGCGGUAGAUGGGCUUUAUUGCCCUGGCGGAAAUCCUCCUGAGGCCGUCAACACUAAGCAAAAAGCCCAAUUUUUAUGAUCUUUCC